AUGUUUAGAGCUUUGCGACAAACAACCCGCUUGGGUCUCUACCAAGCACGAUGGAACUCGACUGGCAGCCCGUCACUGCCGCCGCUGAUGACCAAACUCAGGACUGAUUUGAAGACUGCGAUGAGAGCCAAAGACGCUGCCAGACUAGACGUCCUCCGAGCUCUCAUCUCCGAAACAAACAACUCCCAAAAGACCGCCUCUCCUAUUCAGACCGACUUGCAGCUCCUUUCGCUCAUUAAGAAGCGUGUCGCUGCCUCGAAAGACUCGGUUCAACAAUUCAUUGAAGCCAACCGACCGGAUCUAAAGGAGAAGGAAGACAAGGCGCAGGAAAUUCUGGAGGAGUACGCAAGCCAGGUCGAGACAAUGAGCGUUGAGGAGAUCACGCAGAUCGUCUCGCAGGAAGUCGCAAAGCUGAAGGAGGCUGGAGAGAAAUUCCAGGUCGGCACAGUUCUUAAAUCCCUUUUUGCUCCUGGGGGUCCCCUGGACGGCAAGCCCGCGGAACGAUCGGAAGUUGCAAAGAUCGCCAAAGACGCUGUUUCGUCGGCAUGA